UAGAAAUCUCUAUAAAGUGCAACUGCAAAGAGCGCCUUGAAUUGCAUGCGGUCAUGACAACGUCGGCUGGUGCCCAACUCCUGCUGGCUCAGGCCAGUCAGCAGUAUAGAGGCUCACACGUUGCACCAUUCAGAGCUGGAGGGCAUCGACUAUUGAAAUCUUGCAAUUCAUAUGGCAGUGGAUGCAAGCCGCUGCAGGUGAGGAGGCGGCAGGUGCUGGCAGCAGCCGGGGCAGAGGAGCAGGAGAGUGCAGAGGAGGCGUACCAGAGGCGGCUGAGGGAGAGUCAGCGGGUGGAGGAGCGAGUUAACGUCAUCUUCAGCGAGCAGGAGUUCCGAGAUGAGCUGGAGAAGGCUGGGCAUGAGUUAGUGGUGCUGGAGGUGGAGUCCUACCAGAUGUGCGAGUCAGGGCUGGGCCCAGAGGCGGAGCUACACUGGGAGGAGGACAAAAAGGCCUCCCUCAGCCGCUGCGCCAAUCUGAAGCACGUCUUCGCCCGCACUGCGCGCGACUGCCCCGACGUCACUUUCCUCACUCUGGAGGCGGACAGUGAGGAAGGACAGGCAGCCUGUGAUGCACUUGGGGUGGAAGUGUUACCGACAGUGCAAUUUUGGCGGGAUGGCAAGAAGCUGUGGGAGCACCGCGGCAUUGUCCAGCUGGAACAAGAUCUGGGUGAAGGUGUCUUGUUCUAUGGUGACUCAAUGGCCAACGGGGUGAAGGCCAGCUCAUUUGUGGGGGAGCUGAAGGGCAGAGAGGACUUGGAGAAGUUUGUGCAGUCACAGCCAGACACCGUGCUGACAGUGGUUAACGUGAGCUCCAGCAAUGCAACCUCGUGCGUGCGCGUUUUUGCGGCGAUCGCGGCCCUUGCAAAGAGCUUCAAGGGCUACGCGGCCUUUGCGCGGCUGCUGUACGACACCUCAGACGAACUCACGCAGCUGGCCAGGGAGUUGAGGGUUGUUGAGGUGCCUACGUUCAUCUUUUACAGGGGUGGCAAAGAGGUGGGCCGCCAUGUUGGAGCCUCUCGUGCAGACCUGAUCGGACAGAUCCUGCAGCAGCAGAACGCUCUCGGCAUCGCUCCGCCGCCGCCGCCAGUCGCAGCUGGAACGCCCCGGCGCCGCACCCCUGCCAAUGCGUGA